GCCGCACUGCAGUCCAUUGCGGAGAAAACUGGGCAGGUGCAGGCGAAGCUGAACGCGAUGUUGGCAGCUUCCAAGGUGCAGCGCGGCCGCAUCGAGUCCGCAGCGAAGCUGCGUGAGGUGAAGGCCAAGGCUGACCUCGUGGAGCAGCUCUUGGAGAAGGUGAGCGAGACGGAGCUCCCCUUCCUGAAAGGGCUGGAGAUCCUUCCCCCGGACGAGGUGGCGGAAACGGUGGGUGCCGCUGAACAGGCGGCCGAGGAGUUGGAGGCAGCCAUCGUCGAAGCUCGCAAGAUCCAUGCAUCUGCGGCCCUGGAGAUGAAGACCAGCCUUUCGGGAGACGCGCUCAAGAAGUUCACUCAGGACGUGACGCAGCAGUCUGCCCGCGUGAACGCUGCCGCAGCGCAGCUUCUUCAGUUCCGCAAGGCGAACUCUGCGCGCCGGAAAGCGGCGCAGCGGCAGGAAGCAGAAGGCAAGGUCGUGGAGCUUGAGAAGGUCGUGGCGGAGUUGGCAGAGGAGGCGAAGAGCCUUUCGGAAGGCAACCUCCCUGAGGAGGAGCUGGCAGUGCGAUCCGGCAAAGCCAGCGAAAAGGUGUCAUUGGCUCAGCAAUCCGUGGUGGAAGCCCGGGGCCAACUCGUCCGCUGCCAGCGCGAGGGCGGGGAGGACUUUGUGCAGAAGCUGCGCGAGCUACAGGCCAAGAUUUCUCAUGCCAACGUCGCGCUGGCCAAAGCCGGCAAGACCAUUGCUGAGGUCGAGCUAAAGUUCACUGCUGGCAGGACGAAGGUGGAGGCUGUCCGGGUCCUGGCGGAGAUGGAGGAGCAGGUCCAGCGUGCCCAAGCAGCCUGCAAGGCUCUUUUGGAGGACGAAGCGUCGGCUGUCUUGGUGGACCAUUACCAGCAGAACAUAGCCGCAGCUCUCUGGACACAGAUCGCGGAGAAGGGCACCACGCCCCAGAGACUCUUCGCGGACGCGGGCGCCAAGGGCGGCCGCCUCGACGCAGGGUCCCUGAAGAGCUUUCUGGAGGCCCAGCCGGUCCCCACGACGAAGGAGCGACGUGCGGCGCUAGUUGCCCGUUGCGCGCCGGAGGGCUCCCUGGAUCUCUCUGCCUUCAAGAAGCUUCUUCGGAGGCACUUCGCGGUGGCGCAGGUGGCGCCUCUCCGAGCGGGCGCCCAGACUGUUGAGGCGCUCCAGGGCGACGUCUUCGAAGCCUACACCGCCGUCGACGGAUCUGCAGAGGUGGAGGGCUGCCUCUGGCCCUCUGGCACCAAAGGCAUCCUGUUGCCCCAGGGACCACAGUGCCUGCGGCCACUCUCUGCCUUAGAUGCCUUCUGCAUGCUUGCAGAGAGGGUGGUGCAGGACAAUCCCGGACUAGAUCCGCAAGUGCUCAAGCUUUAG